AUAGAAUAGCUAAGGGACGACGUGCUAAAAAUACUAUCACAAGUAUAAUGGGUGAUCGUAGAUGGGUUGAGCAGCCAGACAUGGUAAAGAAGGAGGUGAUCCUGUAUUUUUGUAAUUUAUUUCAAGCUGAUUCAUGGAGACAACCAAGGCUAGGGGCAUUAAAAUUUAAACAGAUUUCUGAAGAGGACAAGGUGUGGCUUGAGAGACCAUUUUCGGUGGAGGAAAUUGAAGAAGCUUUGAAGAAUUAUGAUGGGUCUAAAGCUCCAAGGCCAGAUGGUUAUAAUUUCAAUUUUAUCAAGUUUGUUUAGGACAGCUUACGGAUUGACUUUGUGGACUUGUUCAUGAAUUUUCACUAGAAUGGAAGGUUAGUGAAAGAGUUGAAUUCCUCUUUUUAAGCUUUAAUUCCUAAAAAGUUAAGUCCUAGAGAGCUUAAGGAUUAAGGCCAAUUAGUUUAAUUGGGUGUUUGUAUAAGUUGUUGGCAAAGGUAUUGGCUAACCAUCUCAAGAAGGUGAUGUCCAGAAUAAUUAGUCAUGCCCAAUCUGCUUUUAUAGGGGGCGUCAGCUGGUUGAUAGUGUUCUUGUUUUGAAUGAAGUUGUAGAUGAGGU